AUUUAGCUAGUUAAUCUUGUCUGCUUCACAGUGGUCAAAACAACGUCCACAUUAACGUUUUUAUUGUUGUGAUUUAGAGGAUUGUUAACAUCCUGGAACUUAAAAUGAAAUAUUUAACUGCACCGCAUCACAUACUUAUCCCAGGUCAUCUUUAAUUCGCGUUGGCGACAAGGCGUGGUUGAUAGAUGUUAUCUAGAUAACGCUAGCUAGCUGCAAACAAUGGCUAACUGUAUCGUUUUUCACACUCAAAUAGCCUCCAUCAUGGAGGUGCUAGCAAAUGCAGCCGUGGCAGAGAUCUGUAAACUCGUAGACGAUGACUAUGCAGUGUUUCGUUUGGAAAUAACUCAAAGCCAGAAAGAAAACAGGGCAUUGCGGAGGAAACUACUGGAACUGAAGGUGGCACGGGAGCGCGCAGAGAGGACAAUGCGAGAGCGCGUCCUCGCCAGUCGUCCCAGUAGUGUCAAGAUCCUCGAUCGAUACAGAGGAAUGGCAAGAGGUGAAGGACAUCUCACUGGAGGCCACAGGAUCUCUGUGAAACCAGCAGAACACAAUACAUGGAGAGAUGACCAACCAAUCACUGUUGAUGAGGGGAGUAGAACCUCAACCCAGCACGUUAUCGUGAUAGAGUCUGCAGAUGCCGAGGCUGCAGGUCCUGGGGUCAAACAGGAGAGGUCUGAAGGAGAGGAGAACCAACGGAACAGCAGAGACAUCCAGACUGGGGCAGAUGGAGCGCCCCUUGUAGCCACGGAGGACCCCACCAACGCCCCAGCGCAGCUCAGGACCCAAUGCAGUAUCACGGAGGAAGAGGAGGGUCCAGAGGUGCUGCUGGUGAAGGGGGAGGGGUGUGAGGAGGGUCUGUGGAAGCCUGAGGGGAACAUGGUCAUGGAGGACAACCAGACUACACCUCCUCCUGAACCCACAGAGGAACCAGCUGAGCAGCACAGGACCACACACAGUCUCACUGAGUCAGUUGACAUGGAGGAAUGGAAGCCUGAUCUGCUGCUAGUCAAAGAGGAGACAAUAGAGGACGGACCAGAGAGCAUUGACCUGCUGAGUGGACUAACGAUGGGGGAGCAAGGUGGUUGGCUGGAGGCUAACAGAGGAGACUGGGUGGCCAACUUGGUUUCCCAGACCCAGACAGGUGCAGCCAAAGGCCCUGGGGACGACAUCACUGAGCAAGCCAGGACCAUAGGCGACAUAGUGGAGGUCAGUGGAUGGGACAGCGUCCUCAACUCUGAGCUGCGGUACAAUACUGUUAACCACAAACAGAAACAGACAGUCAAACACAAAACAACAUCCGAUCUUGACAGCAAACUGUCUGAGACCAGGCCGAGGCGUAGAUUUGUUCUGCAGGGACAGGGAGGUGACCAUAUGUGGAGGGAGAGAACAGACUCGGCAAGUGAUGCUCCGUCCUGCUCCUAUAGUUGUGAUUCAGAGAGACUGAUGGCGCCUCAGGUUAACCCCCUAACAGGUGCUGCAUUCAACCUGCCUUCUAUCGGAUCUAUCAACUGGAACAUGGACCCUGCGACAACACAGACACUCCCUGGCCUUCAUCCUCCUCACACUCCCCUAAUGUUAAACCAGACCUCAGACAAUGCCAGUGCCUCAACACUAAAUGGCUACACAAGCCCAUUGACAAAUGACAGUAGUAGAGACGGAAUCAGUAAAGGUCACAGCGCCAAAGAGAAAUGCUUUCCGUGUUCGUUCUGUGAGAAGUCCUUCAGUUUCCCCCUAGAGGUGGAGAUCCACCAGAGGAUGCACACGGGGAAGAAAUCGUUCAGCUGCCAUCUGUGCCGGGCCACUUUCUCACACUCGUUCAACCUAAAGAGGCACCAUAUGGUCCACACAGGGGAGAAACCCUACAGCUGUCCCCAGUGUGAGAGGAGGUUCUCCCACCAGCACCAGCUUAAGAGGCACCUGAAGGUCCACACCGGAGAGAGGCCAUUCGCCUGUAUGCAUUGCGGGAAGAGGUUCUCAGAGAGGAGCAACCUCAGGAUACACCAACAGAAAAUACACACAGCCCAUGUAUAGAGUAUUGUAACAAGUCAUAAAUUACUAGUUAGUGUGUUUGUAGUUCACUUUGUUGGUUUGGGAUGUAGCAGGGAACUGGAUGAGGUGAACUGAGGAGGGAAUGAGUGUGAUAAGGCAGAAUAGAUGAUAUGGUGAUGGUUGGUGUGAUUGUGUCUGUAAAAAUGCUUCACUGAUGAAGAGUGACAACUAUGUCCCUAUAGGUUGAUACUGGUGUUUUAUAGUGGGAUAAUGAUAGUGCCUUAAUUCACUUGACAAAAUAGAUAAGAUCCGUGUAACGUAAUGUUGAACCUUUUCCAAAGUAUUCUAAAAUUAAAUUUUAUCAAAGCGAGGGUACCAGAUUUACAGAAAAGGUAAAGUGUUACCAUAGUGAGAAAAGUUAUUCUACUUGUCACAUGUAUCGUUUUGUGCAAUAAAAGUACUGUACUUCAUGUUGUGACUGUAUGACCAUUUUUUUUUAUUAAAUACAAACUGUGCUGAC